UUUUCUAUGAUCUGAAAUUUAUGUAAUAAUAGAAAUUAUGCAAGUAAUGUCACGUCAUGUUAAAGAAAUAUGUAAAAUUAUAGUAAAUAUCAAAAAAUCGUAGAAAAUUCAUUUUGUUUUUAACGAGUAGAUAUGCGUCAUCAAAUCAGAUCGGCAACAUUCGGUUAAAUUCGGAAUUACUCGGAUAAUAAUCCAAUAAAAUGAUUCGUGUAUAUGUAGUUAGUAGUACUCGUAGGUAACUUGUGCGUUUUUCGACCGUGUAAAGUAUAAGAUAAAAUCGUAUUGAAAUGACUAUUAAAGAUAUUACGAAGAUGCUUACGAUACUCGUGAUUUUUUUAAUCUACGUUGGAACAGUCCACAGUAUUCGAUGUUACCAAUGCACCAGCACAAACAACACACAUCCUUUUCAAUGCAACGAGUUCCUCACGAAUGACAUUGACAUAGAGCCAGAGUCUUGCGAUGCCAUUUUCGGAGCACAAUACUGUGUAAAACACAUUGGCCGAUUUGAGGCCCUGGAAUGUUACCAAUGUACAUCCGCGGACGAAUGGCAAUGCUCGGAUGGUGAAUUAAUUAAAGAUUCUCUACAACCAAUAAACUGCAGUCACAUUUACAAAGCGCAUUAUUGCGUCAAAACUAUUGGACGAUAUGGAGGUGGAGUUGGUACAAAAAGAUUUUGCUCAACUUCGCACUUGGGAAAUUACUGCAACUAUGUGCUUCAGCCGGGAGAUAAACUAACAUAUCGAACGUGCAUCUACACCUGUAAUAGCGAUGGAUGCAAUUCUGUAUCUACUUUAAGGUCUACAGUCAGUGUUUCCAUUAUAUUACUUCUUUUACUCACCCUAUUUUAUAGAUGAAGACUCAGCAUCGUUAAUAAAAACAAUCAUAUUCAUAUAUCAAAUUUCAUGACAAUAUAUUACUUAUAUUUUACUAUUUGGAAAAUGAGUAUAGUUUACAUAUAUAAACAUUUUGGUUGUAUUAUCAAUAUUUCGUGCAUGAUAAUUAUUCUGUUUCUUUAACAUUUAUUUGUCAACAAACUUUAAUUAAAUAAUCUAUGCAUUUUGAUACUUUACUUUUAAUAAAUGUGUAAUCUUAAACUCUAA